UAGCGCCCAAGUUUUUUGCAUCGCAGUUAUUAUUAUUUUUGUUUUUCAACAAAAUGCGGAGCGAGCGGUUUCUAUUUGUGGCCAUUUUGGCCUGUUUUCUGGUGACCAUAAAAUCGACGCCUUUAAGCGACAUAUCGGAUUUAGAUGAAUCAACUUCGGUGGAUGAGAGACCACAGAAAAAUCCAGACGAAGACAGUGAAUUCGAUGGGUUUCCCUUCAAGGAUGAAGAUGAAUCACUGCAGGAUCCAACGAAGAUAUCCGUUCAAGAUCAUAACUGGGAUGUCCUGAUAUUCACGCAACAAUGGCCGGUGACUACCUGCUAUCAUUGGCGCGAGGAUAAUCCCGACCAGGAGUGCACGCUGCCCCAAAAGAAGGAGUUCUGGACCAUUCACGGCAUUUGGCCCACGAAACUGCACCAAAUGGGACCAAACUUCUGUAAUAACUCAGCCACCUUUAAUCCGGACAAACUGAAUCCCAUUGAGGAUGAUUUGGAAAUCUAUUGGCCAGAUCUUAAGGGAAUGGACACAACGGAAUGGUUGUGGAAACACGAGUGGCAGAAGCACGGAACUUGUGCCAUGGCUUUGGAGGAAAUGGACAGCGAACUGAAAUAUUUUGAAAUGGGACUGACUUGGCGGGAGAAGUACAUCAUGUCUCGGAUCCUGGAUGCGUCCGACAUCCACCCCGACUCCAAUAACACAGUGGCUGCCAUCAAUAAUGCCAUAGUCAAGGUGCUGGGCAAGAAUCCCUCGAUCCAUUGCUUGUACGAUGGCAAGCACGGCAUCAGUUAUCUCUCCGAGAUUCGUAUUUGCUUUAACAAAUCCCUGGAGCUGAUCGACUGCGAUGGUGUCAAGCAAGGUGAUGCCGUGCCCGUUGGCGUUCCCGGAGGCGUUAUCAUCACCAAUUGCCAUAUCGGUAGCCUGGUCCACUAUCCCAGUUUGGUGCCACCUCUCCAAAGGAAAAGCAAUUGGAAGUUACCCCUGGUCAAUGUCUACAAGCUGCUGCAGUUCCUCAUGUGGUUCACCUUGUAAACGGGGCUUUUAUAGGAAGUAUUGUGAGGCGCGCCUUAGGAGGACUCAACGUUAACUCCACUAUUUUUGAUUCUUCCACUGAUUUCGUGUACUGGAGAUUCCGGAGCUUAACUAUCACAAGCGAUAAAGAACGCAUAUUAUAUAGCUGCAAAUCUAGUAAAUUUAUAACAAAAGAAGUGUAUUUUACAUUAUCAUUGCCCAAAAAUAUGUACCCGCACUUCCCUCAUUGGUUAUUUACCCCUAAUUCGCUGGUAUUAUUUAAUUUAAACAAAAUUAAAAACAACUCGCGAUUUAAAGCAUGGCAGAUCUUCCACUUUAUAAGUUCUCUUUUGUUGACAUUAUAUUUAGUUUAAAUAAGUUGGUGUCCAUCUAAAUGGAUAACUUCCUCAAAGGCUAUAAGUAAUCCUUUCCUUGAAAAGACAACUUAUUAUUUUUGGAAUACAUACUGUGAAUUUAAUUAAACGAGUUCUCGAAAUGUAAAUCAAAAUUAAUCUUAAUUUGAGUGAACAAAAUCUUAUGAUUUUCCACAUUUUAUUAAGCGGAUAUUUUUGACAGCCUAAUUUAAAUGGAAACUGCUGCUUAGGGCAAAUGACUUUAGGCUGACCUACUUUUCUUUAUCUCUAACUAGUUAUUAAGUUCACAUUUGUUUAAUAAAAACACAUCGAAUUGAAAUUUCGGAA